UUUCUAAAGCAAGGGUGCAAGAGAAAGAACUGUGGACAAAGAAUAUUUAGAUACGUUGGUUCUGUUCUCAGCUCUGCUACUGUCUAACUUGUUCUGGGUCAUGAAACUUAAUCCACAACAAGCUCCGUUAUAUGGUGACUGUGUUGUCACCGUGCUGCUUGCCGAAGAGGAUAAAGUCGAAGAAGAUGUAGUUUUUUACUUGGUGUUUUCUGGCUCCACUCUUCACCACUAUACAAGCACCAGGAAAGUGAAUCCUGAUACCUUGGAGACAAUUGCUCCUGGUCAUGACUGCUGUGAGACAGUGAAGGUCCUGCUCUGUGCUUCCAAAGAGGGACUCCCUGUUUUUGUGGUGGCUGAGGAAGAUUUUCGCUUCAUUCAGGAUGAAGUAUAUGAUGCAGCCCAGUUUCUGGCAACCAGUGCUGGCAACCAACAGGCUCUGAACUUCACCAGGUUUCUGGAUCGAUCAGGACCACCCUCUGGAGAUGUGAAUAGUCUAGAUGAGAAGGUGGCAUUGGCAUUCCGACACCUCAAACUGCCAGAAGAGUGGAACGUGCUGGGAACAGACCCAACUUUGAAUGAUGGUGGCCCACGGGAAACAUUAAUGCAUUUUGCAGUGAGACUGGGACUGCUGAGGUUAACUUGGUUUCUGUUACAGAAGCCAGGUGGAAGAGGAGCUCUCAGCAUACACAACAAUGAGGGAGAGACUCCCGCAAGCCUGGCUUUAGAACGGGGCUAUCAGAAGCUUCAUCGACUUUUGACAGAGGAGAAUGCUGGAGAACCUGACUCGUGGAGCAGUUUGUCCUAUGAAAUACCUUAUGGGGAUUGCUCUGUGAGACAUCACCGAGAGUUGGACAUUUAUACAUUGACAUCUGAAUCAGAUGAGGAAUCCCUACACCCCAGAGACAGUCGGACAGGACAUAUUUUUAAACUCAGGAACAUCCAGCAGCAGCUUAUGAAAAUGAACCUCAGACAGACAAAGGACCGUAUCCCCUUAAUGAUAACAUCACAGGACCCUCCACCUGCUCAGAGUGACCUGGAUGUGGAUGGCCAGCAGCAUUCUUCUCCACUUGGACUUGGAGGCAUGGACAACCCUGACCACAAAGGGGACUCAGUUAGUUUGGAUGAAAAAUCAGAUGAUCUAUCAAACCUGAUGAGCAAAGGGAAGACAGAUUGUUCCUGUAAGAGAAAAGAUAAAGCCCUGGAGAGAAAAGAGGAAGAGGUGGAGCCAGCACCAUUUGUAGUCUCUGAGAUUGUAUCAGAGAAGGACAGAUGCUUACAGAGUACACCUGCUAGAGUGAAUAACACAGAAGACCUUCCAUCCUGUGGAAAUACAAAUGAGGAAACUGGAAUGACAUCUCCUGGAACUGUUUUGGACCAUGAACAUAUGAACAGUGGAGAUGGUGCCACAGGGGAAGUACAUAUCAGUGAGCAGAGCCAAGACCAAAAUGUCCCUGGGGCUGACGGAGUCACCAAUUCAGAAACAGAGUGUGCAACUCCAGAAGCAACAGAAGAAGUGAAAUGUGAUCUCAAAAGCCCCGAGGCCACUCUCCAGAAGAGUGUGUGUGAAAUGCAGGAAAGUAAAACUGAUAAACUUAAUGAGAACUCCAGUGUCAGCAGAGCUGGAACCCUGGAUGUAGAAAGAAACAGUGACCUUGUGAAGGAGCCCAGUGUUCCAAAUGGCAUUGACUCUCCAAGUUCCUUAGACAGCAAUGAACAUCUUCAGCCUUCAUCUACAGUUGGUAAAGGAGAAAUCAUUACUAAAGAAACUGUGCCAGGAACUGAAACUUCAAGCAGAAGUAGCAAAGAGAACUCAGAUCUUGUAGCAGAGAACCAGGGGGUUGGGGAUCAACACUCCCUGAUCAUUUCAUCUUCAGUAAGAGAUGCCACUGGUCAAGAAGAGGUGUUGGAAGAGUUAGAAAUGGAUUCUUCUUUAACCAGCAUGUGUAAGACAGGCUCACCUUCUGAUUCAACUUUGAUCAGUCCAGAAAAAGAGCCAGUUUUGAACCAGACAUCAAAAGGCAGCUCAGCUCAAGACCAAGAUCAGGAAAUUGAAUCAACCAUCUGCUGCACAACGGAAGAGGACAAAUUUAGUUUUGAUUUUGUACGUAAACAGAAUUCAGUGACUCCUUGUGGAGACACGGAAGCAGAGAGCAAGGAUGGCAAACCUAUCCAUUCUAAGGAUGUGAAGGGGAAUUCACCAAAUACACCUGCUGAGGUUCAGAUGAAAGAGUCAUGUUUGAGUGAGGGAGUCCCUGAUCCUGAAGGAGAUAACCAGGGACCUGAAGUUCUCCAUUCUAUAGCAAUUUUAAAUAAAGAUAACCUAGCACAGGAUUUAAAACUGGAUACUUCUUCACCACCCAGGCAUAAAUCAGUUUCACCUCCUCAUCCAGCCUUGAUCAAAGCAAAAGAAAGUUUUAUCCUGGAUCAGGCAAUGGCAUCUGAAAAUAAUUUCGCUCAGCCAGACAGGCCCUCAGUUGAAUCAGUAACCGAAGAUGAUGCGAUUUCUUUUGUUCCCUCCCAGCAAGAAAAGGGAACAGCAACUCCUGAAAAAAAGGCAGAAGAAUAUUGCUGUGGCCCAGCACUAGAGCUCUUUGUGCCCAACAAACUGCCGACAGAAGACAGCUCGGUGAGCCUGCCAUCUUUUCUUCCUGCUCCUGAUUCUCAGCUAAGUAUGGGAAAUUCCAGUUCUGCAGAAGGGGACAGUGGGGUUGAAGGUCUUAAUGACAAGACAGUGGAUAUGUUAGAAUCAGAUUCUUCUGCACCCAGUGAAAGGACAACUGCUUUGCCUGCCAAUUCAGUUUUGUCGAGGACAGACAAAGAGCCAGUGGGGCCAGAAAGUACUGUAGUUCAGGAACAAGAUGAAGAAAAUGAAGCAGCUGCUUGUUCUAUAACUAAAGACGAUCCACUUUGUUCAAUUUCCUUGCCUGAAGAGGAGACGCCACCUCCUGGAGAAGAAACAUCAGAGCUUGGUGAUCAACCUGUCUUAGCCUCAUGUGCUGAGGGCAGAAUACUGAAACACAAUAAUAAUUCAGUGGGCACACCCUUUGCCAUUCUCAAUGCAGAACCUGAACAAAACAAGGAAGUGGCUGCAAAAGUUUCACUGCGAGCUGAGCAAAGCACAGCUGUACAGUGCCAGGUGCCAUUAGAAGCUGGUUUGUCUGCAGACAGGCAGUGGACAUUUGGCUCUGGAGAGUGUGGCUUGCCAUUGCUGGCAGCGACAAACAAAACCAAAGCUUACCCCGAACAAGAUGGAUCAGAGGCUUGUGACAGGGAAAAGUCAGUGGCUGCAAAACCUGAAGUAAAAGAGACUCAGUCUAAAAGGGACUCCUCCUCUUGUGAAGAGAGUGGAAAUGUAACUGUGGAUUCCAGAGAGGAGGCUACCCAGGAUCCUUCUGUGUUGGGGACAAAGGAGAUACCUAGUGGCCACCAGGAUGUUCUGGUGCAGAAAAACAUGGCAGACCAAGAGAAUGAUAUAAUCUUGGGCCUACCAGGAGCCCCACCAGAAGGUGAGAUCCUGGAGAAGGAAACUGUAAUCACAGAAGUGCUGCCUGCUAGUAAGGAGAAAGGGGAGGCAGAUGAAACUGUCCCCAUACUAAGACAUCUGAAGGAAGCAGAGGUAGACAGUGUAGUACCACGGGUGUUACUGCAGCCCAUUGCUGAAGAGCUGCUGCCCUGUGAGAACGACGUCACUGGGGACAUGGUGCCCUUGGCAGGUGAGGGCGACAACACCCCUUGUGUGGACAAAACCAAGGAAACCUUGCCUGAUGGGGAUGGGACUGAACAAAAGACAAGCUCCCGAGAUGUUCCCUCUCAAAGUCUGCCUAUUCAGGCCAAUACUUCAAAUUUGCUGGAGAGAGAAAACCUGAUAGAGGAAACUGCCAACCAUUUGGUGGAUACUAUUCUUGAAAAAGUGAGAGCUACAGGUGGGGUGACCAGGGGAGAAAGCAGUAGCCCUCCACAGUGUGAUGCUCCUAAGCCAAACCCUGUUACUGAGGAGCUAGAGAAAAGUGCUGCUGUAGAAGGACCCUGGAUGACUCCAGAAGAUGGACCUGCUAAAGGAGAAUCAGUUGUAAACUCAGAAGUGUGGACAACCAAAGGAGAAGAACGGGAAAAGGCACCUGGACACUCCCAAGAAUCUGAACCUGUGGCAGAAAUGCCAGACAUGAAAGCAGAAGACGAAGUGGAUUUUCUGGAUAAUUCCAGGGAGGACUCAGUUUCUGAAGAAAUGGAUGUAGCUAAGCACAAGACAAAGCACAGGAUAAAGACUCAGAUGGAAUAAGAGGCCACUCACUACUUCACUGAAUCACCGUGUCCAAAUGUGAUGCACAGAAAGAAGCUGAAAUUUUUGGACUUUCCUACUGACUUGAGAAGCCAUGAUGGUGGCUAAUGUACACCAGCUAGCUGAGGAAUGAAAAGGAAGGGCUUCCCACUUCAUUUGGUUUCUUCAAGGCAGUCUCCCUGUUGUGUGUCCUUUGGGGAGACAAGUGUAGGUAUCAAAGAAAUCUACUUGUUUAUUGUUGAAAUGGACUUUCUAGGAUUUAA